AUGUUAAAGUUCUGGCUUGCUACGUUAGCUGGCGUGGGUUACGCCUCGCAGACUGUGCUUCGGCCCGAACCCUCAGCAUCGGACUUCACCACCUUUCACAGCUUGAAUUCCCCGCAUUCAAUACGCAUCCGCCAACAAAACGAGUCCCUCUGUGCCGCGGGCUCUGCUCAGUACACUGGAUGGCUGGACAUCGGCCCGAGACACCUGUUCUUCUGGUAUUUUGAAAGUCAGAAUGAUCCCGUCGCCGAUCCGCUCACACUGUGGAUGAAUGGUGGGCCCGGGGGCUCCAGUCUGAUGGGCCUAUUCCAGGAGAACGGGCCGUGCCUUAUCAACGAGCAUGGCAAUGGAACUGUUCACAAUCCAUGGGGCUGGUCUCGGAACUCUUCAUUGCUCUACGUGGACCAGCCAGCUAAUGUUGGAUUUUCCUAUGUUGACGAGGGCUAUACGGUCGCGCGUGAUUCUCACGAGGCGGCGGUAGACAUGCAUAGAUUCCUGCAAAUAUUCACAUCAGAGAUCUUCCCCCAUCAUAGUUCCUCUGACCUUCAUAUUUCUGGCGAAUCGUAUGCGGGCCAAUACAUCCCCUACCUAGGAGUCGAGAUUCUAACUCAAAAUAAACGAUACCCCUCAGAGCCUCAGAUCAACCUGAAGUCUUGCUUAAUAGGUAAUGGCUUCAUGUCACCCAAGGAUACUACCUUCGGGUACUGGGAAACGCUCUGCACGACGAAUCCUGGCGUUUCCACGCCCGUGUUUAAUGAGACAAGAUGCAAUAUCUUAGCGGAGAAUAUGCCACGAUGCAUGGAUGUGUAUGAUAUCUGCACACAAAAUCCCGACCCUGCUAUCUGCGCCGCCGCCGAAUCUGUCUGCUACAAAGGAAUCGUCGGAUGGUAUGAGGACGAGAGUGGGAAGGGCGGUCGCAAUCGCUACGACAUCACGGCCCCGUGUUAUAUCGACGAGAUAUGCUACCAGGAAUCCGCUUAUGUUGAGAAGUAUCUGAACUCUGCCGCCGUCUGGGAAGCUCUCUCGCCGCCGGAGGAGGUCAAGGAGUACAAAAUGGAGUCCACCAAGGUCGCUGACGCCUUUCAUACAACGCCAGAAGGCAUGACAUCUUCAUCGGAACACGUUCUUUCCCUGCUUGCCAACGGGGUGCACUUUCUAUUCUAUCAAGGCAACCUCGACCUAGCUUGCAAUACGGCAGGGGCAAUCCGGUGGACGAACUCGCUUUCAUGGAAGGGACAGGCAGAGUUUUCGUCAAAGCCACUCCUUCCUUGGGUUUCAACAGGCCGUAAUGAACCGGUCGGUACGACAAAGGAAGUGCGAGUAAAACUCAACGGCGAUGCAGAGACGGCGUCACGUUUUGCGCUUGUGACGGUGGACGGGGCGGGUCAUCUGGUUCCUCGAGAUCGUCCUGAUGUCGCCUUCGACUUACUGACCCGGUGGAUUGCUGGUGAUUCCUUUGUUCGCUCUUGA